UCAAAUCAGCAUGAUCAAUUACAUAAAAAAAAACGUCUACAGAAAACAUUUUCGCCACAGAAAAACGAUAAUUUUGAAAUUUCGAGCCUUUCUGGGCGGAUAACAAACUGUCAACUACGUAUUGUCAACUCUAUCAGCUGUUUUUGUUUGUGAUUUGCUUUCAAAAAAAAUUUUCAUCUGAAAAAGUUUCCAAAGAAUUCAACCAUUAGACACAAAAUGUUUAACGACAAUGAACCAAGCAGUGACAAUGAACCAAGCAGCACAAAAUACGACAAUCUACUUGACGAUUUCGUUUUGAAACCAAAAAAUGUGAAACGAAUUGGUAGACAUUCCAAAAAUGGUUCAAAACCGAAACGUUCACCCAUACAAAUUUCAUCAAUUGAAUUACUUGGCCACUUCGAAGCAAACAAAGAAGGCAAAAUUCAAACGAUGGAUCAACUCGGAUGUGUUCGCGUUUACAAUUUUCCAGUACAAUUACGGAAAAAUCAGCCGCAAUUCGGGCUAUUAGAAUUUGAAGAUUUUGAUGAGAAGAAAGUUGCAGACGACUGGGAGGAAUCGUUGGAGGACGAUACGAUUCCGAUCGAUGUUACCAUUCCCAACAAAUGUUUAAAUCAUGAUUUCGAUUUACUGAACGGAUAUGUCCCGAUAAGAGACGGAGGCAAUCUGAUCGGAUUCAAGAAAAGUCGCGACAAAACUGCAAUUUUUCAGUGGAUGACGAAGAAUUUUGAAAAAAUUUGUGAUCGAGACGGACAUCGCCUCUUCGACUUGGACUUCUCACUUGACAAUGGAGUUGUUCGCAGAGUCAUGAAAUCUUGUUUUGAUGCCGAGCCAGUUGAGAUCGGAGUCAUAUUUUACAGAGGAACGUACCAUCUGUUCGACUUCAAAAUAGAAGAGGAAGUUAACGAACGGAGCAACGAGCAUAGUUUUGCUGGAUUACGUUUUGAGGAUUUCAUAUCAAGACCAAUCGACGGAGAUGAACGUGGACCUUCAUGCGAUGAGAGCAAUAACUAUAAUGAUUCCGUUGGGUGCUACAAUGUUAUUCGCUUUAAAUUCGGUAAUGAUAAAAUACUGCUACGCGGUGAAGUUGACUGUGCCAUUCCGGGAUCGUCGGCAGCUCUAGGAAAGGAACCCAAUGUUCAUGACUUUAUUGAAAUUAAAACAUCAAAUCCUCAUAAUAUCACAGAACUCAAAGCCGGUAGAUGGUUCACGCAAUGUAUUUUAAUGGGAGUGAAACACAUUGUUGUCGGGAUCAAAAGGGAAUCGGGUGAUAGAAUAAUCUGUGACGAAAUUCGAGCUUUUACCAUGGAUGACCUACUUACACGUUCAGAAGGGAAAUGGUCUGAACAAAAAUGUUACAAAGAAUUGGAGAAGUUUUUUAGAACUGUAAAGGAGACAGUUACAGAAGAGGGUUCACAAAUCAUUCACAUGUUCACGUUUAAACGGGGUGUGUUCGGUGAUGUGGUGAAAAAGAAGAUUUCUGAAAAUGCACAAUUGCCCGGCAUAUCUGAACAUUUUGAAAAAAUUGAUACGAUACAAAAGCAAAUAAUGCAACACGAAACCGCCUCAUGAGUCAAUGUUUAUUUAGACAUAGAUGGAACGUCUAUCACCAGCUUAUGCAUGCUUUGUAUCUCGAAUGAACGAAUUCGAACUAUAAAAAAAAUUGUUCUUUUUCUAAAACCGAUAAAUAUCUUCUCUUACGCUAAAUUAAAA